GACAUCAACGCCAUCCUCUCCCUAUUCACCAAUUAUUCUGUUAACUCGCUUGCUGGCCACACCUACAAAAUGGCCUCGACUCUAAAGGCCAACGGCAAUGGCCGACCCAGCAACAUCAAACAUCCCUCCGCACCCUCGCUCAUGAUGAACUCCCAUUUCGCCUCAGUUGGGGAGGAUGCCUCCCAGGAGGCCUACGAACAUGGCAUCCAGGUUAUUGAUGAGGACAAAGUGUUCAACGAGAGCCUCUAUACCUACCUUAACCUCGAGAAAAUUAUCCCAGCAGGUUUCAACUACCAUCUCAUAUCCGUAUUUGGGUCGCAGUCGACGGGGAAAUCCACUCUUCUUAACUACCUCUUCGGAACCCACUUUGGCGUCAUGGCAGAGCAGGACCGUCGCCAGACCACCAAGGGCAUUUGGAUGAGCAAGAACAAGCGCGGAGGGAGUGGCAAAGGCAUGGCGGAAAACAUCUUGGUCAUGGAUGUCGAAGGCACCGAUGGCCGUGAGCGCGGAGAAGAUCAGGACUUUGAAAGAAAGAGCGCGUUGUUCGCUCUGGCUACCAGCGAGGUUCUAAUUGUUAAUAUAUGGGAACACCAGGUUGGGUUAUACCAGGGGGCGAAUAUGGGUUUGCUCAAAACAGUAUUUGAGGUCAACUUGCAGCUUUUUGUAAAGGACAGCAAAACCAUCCCUAAAUCUCUCCUUUUCUUCGUCAUCCGCGACCACCUAGGUACCACGCCACUCCGCAACCUCCAGAACACCAUCCUUCAAGAUUUAUCUCGGUUAUGGUCGUCGAUAUCCAAACCCAAUGGGCUCGACAACUCGAAGAUAGAAGACUACUUUGACUUUGCUUUUGUCGCGCUCCCACACAAGAUCCUGCAACCGGAGAGAUUCGAGGCCGAGGUGGAGAAACUCAGCACCCGCUUUAGGGAAGGAUACAAUGACCGGAAGAAGAGCGGUCUUCUUGAUGAAGCAGAGCUUCCCGUUUUCCUCCCACAAUACCACCGACGGAUCCCGGCGGAUGGUUUCGCCGUGUAUGCGGAGGGUGUCUGGGAUCAAAUUGUGAACAACAAGGACUUGGAUUUGCCCACACAACAGGAGCUGCUCGCCCAGUUCCGAUGCGACGAAAUUUCGCGAGAAGUUCUAGUCACCUUCGACGAGAAGAUUACUCCUCUAGAAGAUAAGCAAGCGGAGGAUGCUAAGAUGGGAAAGCCGACUGUCAUCCCUGGCCUUGGUACCGCAAUGAAUGCAGCGCGGGCAAACGUUAUGAAGGACUUCGAGACAAAUGCAAGCCGGUACCACAAAGGCGUUUAUACACGGAAACGAGCGGAGCUCGAGAGCAAAGUCGAUUCUCGACUCAAAGCCCUCUUCCAGAAGCAGCUCAGCGCUGCGCAUAAGUCUGGCGUCGACAACUUUAGCAACGCAGUUAUUUCUGCCGUAAAGAGCGGGCAGAAGAAGGGUGCAACGUACGACUUCGCCCAGAUUGUCGAAUCUGAGAAAAAGGAGGCGCUGGCUAAGUUCGAAUCUGAGGCACAGGCCAUCAUGGUCGAAGGAGCGCCUUGGAGUAAUUUCAAGCAGGAGCAAAAGCUCUUCCAAAAGGACUUGGACGAGGUGUCAUCCAGACUUAGGAAGGAGGAGAUGAGACGCCUGGCCACCAGGGUUGAGCGCUGGGUCCGGUCACGAUUGGACGAGUCUAUUGGUCUGGAAUUCAACAAGAUUGGCACUGGCCGAGGAGGUGCAGGAGCACCAGAGCACGGUGAACGACCACCAUCCGAGAAGAAUCUCUGGGACCGCGUCUGGACUAUCUUCACCGAGACAGUGGAAGAUUCCGAGAAGCGCUUUACUGAUCGCGCACAGAGCUUCGACGCCAGCCCUGAAGAAGUCGAGGUCGGCUUGUGGAGGUUGCGACGAAAGUCAUGGGGUGUCCUUCGUGCCAAAAUUGAUGAAGAGGUCAUGGAAGGCAACAUCCUCCUCAAGCUGCGGGAGAACUUUGAGGAUAAGUUCCGGUACGAUGAACACGGUGUCCCGAGGAUAUGGCGACCCACCGACGACAUCGAGGGGUUGUACACAAAAGCUCGCGAGUCGACUAUCACUCUUAUUCCCCUAUUAUCACGCUUUCGCUUAGUAGCAACUUCAGCACCUCCCCCCCUCGACGCUUGGAUUGGCAAUGCACCUCCGUCUGUCACAUCCGCUGACGAGGAAGAUCUGGCGCCUAUCGGCGGUGUAGAUGAAGACGAGGGCAAGAGUCUGGAAGAAGAGAUGACCAUCCUUACCGACGCUAAACAGGCCGAUCUUUCUGUACGCUUCAAGAAGACGGCGGAUGGAGUGUAUGUCGAAGCCAAGCGUAGCGCGAUUGGUGGGAUGACACAAGUGCCUCUGUACUUCUACGCUCUGUUGCUGGCGCUUGGUUGGAACGAAAUUGUGGCUGUCCUACGAAACCCUAUCUACUUCCUCUUCCUCAUCCUCCUCGGCAUCGGCGCCUAUGUAACUUACACUCUCAACCUUUGGGGUCCUAUGGCCCGCAUGGCGAACGCAGCAUCUCAACAAGCCCUGGAAGUCGGCAAGGAGCGCUUGCGCGAGUUCCUUGAGUCUUCAGAUACCGGACGCCAAGCAAUGGCCAUGUCCGGUAGACAGGGUCGUGCUAGCGGUUCGAGACAGAAGGAAUACGAUGAGAUUAGCAUGGAUAUGUUGAAUGGGGAUGGGAAGAAGAAGCAGAAGGGUGAUGACGACAUUGAUGAUAUCUGAUCAUGAGCAGCGCUGCAUUUGCUUGCAUUGCUAGCUUUGCUUGCAUUACUGGAGUAGGGUAGAUUGUAUUUUUGUGUGUAAUGGAGUUUUGGGUAAAGGGCAUUGUCUUCGCCGCUCUACUAUACUGUACACUUUGGCGGUUGUUUCUAUUGCUCUAGACAGCCAUACUACACCUAG